GACUUCCUGAUGCCAAGAGCGCUGCAGACAGGAUACGGAUCACGGAAGCACUUUCAGACGACGACUCUGCCAACCUCUUUUUUACCUCCAGUUAGACAUAUUUCAGUUCAGUAUCCAGAUGUACAGACAGCACAUGUACAGCCAGUGCUAAGCUCAUCUCAGAGAGACUCCAAACCACCUGAGGACUCUUCUGCAGUUUGUACACUGCCACCUGCUGGCUGGCUCCCUAAACCACAGAGAACUGACUUUCCUUCUGCAACAGUCACAUACACACCUGGAAAGUACUCAAGCCAAGAUCAUAUUAGAUCUGCAUGGAACCAACAGAUGAACAUCAUACCAUCUUUUAAAACCCUCAAACAUCAGGUUACCCAUAAUCACAGAAGAUCACGCUCAAAAUCCACUUCUGACUGCAGUGAAGGACACAGUUGUUUCCAUGUGGUGAAGCCCUAUAAAGUUGGACACUACAUCAUCCACCCUGAGUUUGUGUCAGAAGCAAAGCACUACUAAUAAACACAGUGUUUAGAC